AUGGCAGACACAAACACCAUCGACUUCGUCCUCUACCGCUACACGCCCUCCCUCGCCGCGGCCAUCGCAUUCACCGCGAUAUUCGGCAUCCUGUCCCUUCUACACCUCUACCGCGUCCUUCACCACCGCACAUACUUCUUCAUCCCGUUCCUCCUCGGUCUUAUCUUCGAAACAGUCGGCUACCUCGCCCGCAUCUUCUCGCACUACUCCCCCAAAUCUUUAACCCCCUACAUCAUCCAAACCAUGCUCAUCCUCGUCGCGCCCCCCCUCUUCGCCGCCUCCAUAUACAUGACCCUCGGCCGCCUCAUCACCCGUCUCCACGCCGAAUCCACCUCCCUCGUCCCGGUCCGUUGGCUCACAAAGGUCUUUGUCGUGGGGGAUAUCGUUUCGUUCGUGUUGCAGUGUGGAGGAGGCGGAUACAUGUCCGCCGGCACACAAAGCGCCAUGACCACUGGCUCUCACAUCGUGAUCGGGGGUCUAGCCAUCCAAUUACUCUUCUUUGGAUUUUUCGUGAUCGUGGCGUCGGUGUUUCAUGUCCGGGUGGUCAGAAACCACCACCACCACCACCACCACCACCAGCAUACACCCAUCCCAGCGAAGACAGGUCGGUAUUCGUGGACCGACAUGAUGUGGGGAUUAUAUAUCGCGUGUGGACUCAUUCUCGUUCGCUCCGUGUAUCGGGUGGUGGAGUUCGUGGAGGGGAAUGAUGGGUUUAUUAUGAGACGGGAGUAUCUGUUGUAUGUUUUUGAUGGGGUGUUGAUGGCGCUCACGGGGGUGGUGGUGGGGGUGGUGUUUCCGGGG